GCGCGCAUGCGCACAGCGCCCGCCUCGGCGCCCCGCCCCUGUCCCAGCCUCACUCGCGGCGGCUGGGCGGCGGGGUGAAGGGUCGGGGCGGCCUCCUAAGCCGGGCCCGGCGGCAGUACCGGCACCGCUCCCACCAUGCACAGCUUGGCUACUGCCGCGCCUGUGCCAACAGCCCUGGCUCAGGUUGACCGUGAAAAGAUCUACCAGUGGAUCAAUGAGCUGUCCAGCCCUGAGACGCGGGAGAAUGCACUGCUGGAGCUGAGCAAGAAGCGUGAGUCUGUGCCUGACCUUGCCCCAAUGCUGUGGCACUCAUUUGGCACAAUUGCGGCGCUCCUUCAGGAAAUUGUAAAUAUUUAUCCAUCAAUCAACCCUCCGACCUUGACAGCCCAUCAGUCCAACAGAGUUUGCAAUGCUUUAGCUCUACUACAGUGUGUUGCGUCACAUCCUGAAACAAGGUCAGCUUUUCUGGCAGCUCAUAUCCCUCUCUUCCUGUACCCCUUCUUGCACACAGUUAGCAAGACACGUCCAUUUGAGUACUUGCGUCUCACAAGCCUUGGAGUGAUUGGGGCCUUGGUGAAAACUGAUGAGCAAGAAGUGAUAAACUUCUUAUUGACAACAGAAAUUAUCCCCCUGUGCUUACGCAUUAUGGAAUCUGGCAGUGAACUCUCCAAAACGGUUGCUACAUUUAUUCUUCAGAAAAUCCUCCUGGAUGACACAGGGCUGGCAUAUAUCUGUCAGACUUAUGAGCGGUUUUCCCAUGUUGCCAUGAUACUGGGUAAAAUGGUCCUGCAGCUCUCCAAGGAGCCAUCGGCACGGCUACUGAAGCAUGUUGUCCGCUGCUACCUUCGUCUUUCCGAUAACCCCAGGGCACGUGAAGCUCUCAGGCAGUGCCUUCCUGACCAACUGAAGGACACCACCUUCGCCCAGGUCCUGAAGGAUGACACCACCACAAAACGCUGGCUGGCUCAGCUCGUCAAGAACCUGCAAGAGGGUCAAGUCACUGACCCACGGGGCAUCCCUCUUCCUCCGCAAUGACUGCUGGGGGAGGUGGGGGACCGGGGAAGAAACAGCUCAGGUUUACAAAGAACCAGGAACAGGUGACCUCUUCCGCAACAAACGAACUGGGCACGCCAGCUGACUGUCGGCUUGGCAGCCAACAGGCUGCUGUGUAGCAGUGCAGGAUGCCUCUGGGGAUCGCAACACCAGCAAAUGCUGAUACUACAGCUUAAAAAAAAAAAAUCAAUAAAGACAAUCUGUAAAGAUCCCCAUCUCUCCAGGAGGCUUGGCUGGCAUCUCUUCCCCCACUGCCAAGCAGGGGGUAGUACAGAUGUCUGCCCUUCCAGCUAGCUCAGCCUCCACCCAAGUGGUGCGUGACAAGGGGUGUGUGCACCACCACCACGUCCUUCCAGUUCCUUGUCACUCCUUGUUUAUAUGUCUCUUUAGAUGAGUGAGCUGAAUAAAAGGUGAUCGAGUUGCUUUAUCCUCUCUUAAGACUGCUGCUCAGCUGCAGGUAGCCCAGAGACAGCUUGCUUCCCUGUCAGCACAUCCUUGCUCUCCAUCCGGCUGGUGCAGUGAGCUUUUCUCUUCUUUUUCUUUGGCAUGGAGGUAGCAGCUGGAGCCAGGCCGUCGUGGUGCUUGCCCCAAGAGGAGGGGUGGAUUACUCAAGAUGAGCCCACAUGUCAUCAGCUUGCUUCCCAGAGCUCUUGGGAAGGACAAGGCAGCAGGACUGUGACUCUUGUGCUGUAAAUACUGUGCUCAUGCAGCUAAACCAGCAGCUGGGGGCUGAUGUGUGCUGGCCUCCUGUCUAGCUCACCUCUUGCCUGGCGGGGCUGCUGGCUGGCUUGUCAAACGGAGCUCAGCGUUGGGGAGCCUGCCUUGUGGUGGUGGGCAGGCCACCGGCCAAUGAUCCCUGCUGCAGGACAGCUGGGAGCGACGUCCUGCGGGCUCCAGGUAUGCCAGCUUCCACAGCCGCUGCUGCCUGCCAGACGCCUCAGUCCUGGCCCCCUUCCCUUUCCUCCCUCACCAGCUCAUCUCUGGCGGUCGGGUGGAUCCAUUUCAGCUUUCAGACCUGCCUUGGCGCCUGCCUCGGCUGUUGCAAUUGAACUGGAGUAGCAGCUGCUUACCUGUGUUCUGUGCUGAGCGGUUAGUGCGGCCACGGCAGGCUCCCAGAAGCAGCCAUGGAGCUCCCAGCUCUGCUGCAGCAGAGCCUGCUCUGCCUGCUCUUGGCUGCAGGCAGGCCUGGGCAGCUUACUCGACUUCUCCCCCCUCCUCCAGUAGCCCAUUUUGCUGAUCAUCUGCGGUGUCGUGCCAACAGUGUCUUAAAUCCCAUCUCUUUUUUCCCCCUUCCCUCCCCUCCUCUCGCUGCCUUGCAUAACAAGGGCAGAGCGUGGCCUCUUCCUUACCCCGGGGUCCUGUUUUAUAACCAUCGCCUUCUUUUCCCUCCCCUCCACCCUGACCUUAAUAGGGUGUGAAAAUGCUUCUGUUUGGGGGUGGUUUUUUUGUUGUUGUUUGGGGUGGGGGUUUUUUUGUAAGUUCAGAUUAGUAAAUAAUAAAACCCCAGCCAGCA